UCUCCAGAAACAUAACGUGACGGUAUGAAACAAAUCGAUGGCAGAGCAAGGAAAGGUUACCUUCUUCUGCUCUACUUUGCAGUCAUUCUUCUUCCAGUGUUCCUUCUCGGAUGCUAUCUGUACAACGAGAAGCAGCUGAGGAUUGGCCAGUUUCAGGAAUCCAAGAGACAUAAAGUGCAAGAACACAUCAGUUCACCACAACAAAGCAAAGAAGAUAAAGACAAGAAGACUGAUCUGGUUCCACUAGAGAUCUGUGAUGUUUUCACAGGUGAAUGGGUUCUUGAUAACGUCACACAUCCUUUAUACAAAGAAGAUGAAUGUGAGUUUCUCUCAGAAUGGGUGGCAUGUACGAGAAACGGGAGGCCAGACUCUAAGUACCAGAAAUGGAGAUGGCAACCUCGAGAUUGCUCUUUGCCAAGGUUUGAUGGAAAGGUGCUGCUAGAGAAACUCAGGGGGAAGAAACUGAUAUUCGUUGGUGAUUCAAUACACUACAAUCAGUGGCAAUCCAUGGUUUGUAUGGUCCAAUCUGUGAUUCCCUCAGGGAACAAGACCUUAAAACACACAGCACAAAUGUCCAUCUUCAAGAUUAAGGAGGAGUACAAUACAACCAUAGCAUUUUACUGGGCACCUUUCCUAGUCGAAUCAAAUGCUGAUCCUCCAGACAAGCGAGACGGGAAUACGGAACCAGUAAUCAUACCACAAUCAAUCUCGAAGCAUGGUGAGAACUGGAAAGACGCAGACUACCUUGUAUUCAACACAUACAUAUGGUGGACUAGACAUUCCAAGAUCAAAACUCUAAAACAAGGAUCUUUCAGCAAAAACGACUCAAAAGAAGACUAUGAAGAAACCGGAAUCUAUAUUGGAUACAAACAAGUGUUAUCAACAUGGACAAACUGGCUAGAACAAAACAUUAACCCAAAUCAAACAUCUAUCUUCUUCAGCAGCAUGUCACCAACUCAUAUCAGGUACUAUAAAUCAUCAACUCAUAACAAGAAAAAUCAAAACUUUGCAAAAAGACUGAUCCUUUUUUUUCAAUUUGCAAACAGGAGUUCAGAUUGGGGAUCCAAUGAAGGAAGCAAAUGUGAAAGAGAGACAGAGCCAAUACUAAACAUGUCAAGAAGACCAAUAGAUGUUGGAACAAAUCGAAGACUUUACGAAAUCGCAGUGGAUGCGACGAAAUCAACAAAUGUGCCGAUACGUUUCCUCAACAUAACGAAGAUGUCAGAGUAUAGAAAAGAUGGGCAUACCUCAUUUUACGGUUCUAAAACUGGGAAGCUCAUAACAACGGAGCAGAGAUUGGAUCCGAGAACUUUUGCUGAUUGUUAUCAUUGGUGUCUUCCGGGAUUGCCUGAUACAUGGAAUGAGUUGCUCUCUCUGUAUAUUAUCUACAAAAAUUAAUAUUUUUUUUCGAUUGAAAUGUGAGAAUUUGCUAAAAAAAAUCCAAGCUUUUUCAGCUAACAAAAACACCAGAUCCCGACAAAAGUAACCGGAGAAGAUUGGAAAAACGACGGCGAAGAGAUUUAGAGAUAAUUCUCCGAACCGGUUAGUUAAUAACCGGUUUUAAUAAAGGGGAAAAUCGGUUUAGCUAAGUGAGACUACUGCUGAACCGGUCGAGUAUUUCUACCAACUUUUUUUUUUUUUUUUCAUGCUACUUUGGUCAGCAAACGUUAUUGGGGAUAGUCAACA